ACAGUAUCUAACCGGGUGGGGCCCAUUUCUCAAUUUCUGACAGCAAGCAAACAAAGCUUCUGCCUUUUUCUGAAGCUUCCCCGGUUCCCACGAGCCAAAAAGAAAGAACAAGACAAGAAGAAACACGUGUUCUCACACGAGCUUCCUUUACUUGCACGCACAACCCUCCUCUGCAGUUUCAUGGAGCCUGCGUUGACUGCAUCAUCCUCUUUCGGUGGGUCUUCUCGACUCGCCGCCUUGGCCCAGCAACUGCGCAUGUACAAGCCACCGCCUUCUUCAUCGUUCGAAAACGAUGAUGAGGAGACGCAGGCGGAUCAGGAGAGCGCAGGGAAGGUGGUUUCUCAGGUUGGGUUUCAGGAAUCCAUGACUCCGGUUCCGAAAGAUCCUGAGAGGUUCAAACCGAAGCGAGCGGCUGUGCUGAUCUGUAUCUUCGAAGGAGACGAGGGCGAUCUUCGCGUCAUCCUCACUAAGAGGUCUUCCAGAUUGUCUACUCACUCGGGAGAAGUUUCACUGCCGGGUGGUAAAGCAGAGGAGGGUGAUAAAGAUGAUGGGAUGACUGCUACCAGAGAGGCCGAGGAAGAGAUUGGUUUAGACCCUUCUCUUGUUGAUGUUGUCACUUCUCUCGAACCAUUUCUGUCCAAGCAUCUCCUCAGAGUAAUACCUGUGAUAGGAAUCUUGAAGGACAAAAACACAUUCAAUCCAAAACCAAAUCCUGCGGAAGUGGAAGCUGUGUUUGAUGCACCUUUGGAAAUGUUCCUCAAGGAUGAGAACAGAAGAUCCGAAGAGAGAGAGUGGAUGGGAGAAAAGUAUUUGAUCCACUACUUUGAUUAUCGAACCGGAGAUAAAGAUUAUACGAUAUGGGGUCUAACUGCCGGGAUUUUGAUCAGAGCUGCAUCUGUGACUUAUAAAAGACCACCUGCUUUCAUCGAGCAGUGCCCUAAGUUUAAGUACCCUAAAAUGGUAGAGAAACAUACUUGUAUGCCUUAAUGUGGUCUUCUUCUAGUAGAAGACCAAACAAGAAAGGUCAUAACACUCCAUGAAACUGAUUAUGUACCAGUGAAUGCAGAACUAGGCUACUUACUUACGUAUAUGUGGACGCUCUUAGUUCAUGUCCAGACGAGACAUCUCAUUGACAAUUUUCCAUGAAUCUUCUAUUUAUGAGGAGAUAAGUGGAGGGGUUUUUCAUCUCGUUAUGAUCUAGAGAGCAGUUGGCUGGUUCUUCUGGUUCACCCUCAGUCAUUGAUUUGGAGGACAUCUCAGAUUCAUCUUCAAAGGCUCAUUUUCUAUUGUAAAAUUUCUGCUAAAUAAAUAAAUUUUGUAUCCCUGAACAAAAAUUUGAAAGCAAACUUGUCUUAUGAACCUUGUAAUAAUUUUUAUUACUCGUAGCGAUUGCAACUUUUUUGUCUCUGGACUA